GUUUUCAUUUGGAAUUGAAAAUAAAUUUUUCUCAAAACAAUUGGAUUUAAAUUUCUUUUAAUUUGAUUUGUUGUUUUCGAUUUUAUUUUCUAAUUGUUGAUUAUUUCUUCAUUUUAUGAUCUGUGCUUUACAAUGACCACUGUUACUGAUGAUAGAAUUGUAAAUGAAUCGGUUGAUGGUCAAGAAGUAAAUUUGAUUCCAUCAGCUGUUAAUGUGAACGUUGCAGAAAAUGAAUCAUAUGGUGAUGAUUUUCUGUUCUCAGAGACAAUUAAGCCUACUGAUUAUGUUAAUUUUGAUAUUUACCAAGAAUUGAAAGAUGCUGCUGAAGCUCAUAGACAAAUUGAAAAUAUUGAUCCCAAUUUGUCGACAUCUUAUAUUAACAAAUUGUGCUCCAUUGGUGUCCAUUCAUUAGAAAGAGAACCAGGUCGACUGUUGGAUGAAAAGAAUCAACUAGAAGAAACUCUGAAAGAAGAAGCAUUUAAAAAUUAUCAUUGCUUCUUGGAGGCUCAUCAAUGUUCAAAAAACGUCAAAGAAGAAGUCGAAGAGAUUGAAAAUAAAUUAGAUAAAUUUAUUGAUAGAAUUCCAUUUUUUCAAGAUAAACUAACUGGAUUUGCUGACGAAGCCAAAGGCAUAACUAAAAGAUGGAGACAAGCAUCAUUAAUGCUUUCCAAAUAUAGUCAACUAAUAGGUUUCCUUGAGAUUCCCCAAUUAAUGGGAUCAUGUGUACGGAAAUGUUAUUACGAUGAAGCAUUACAAUUAUAUUCAUACAUUCAAAGAAUUGAUCGCCUACAUGGUAAAGAAGCUCCUUUAAUCCAGACCAUAUCAAGUGAAUUAUCUCAAUGUAAGGAGUUGAUGAUUAGCCAAUUACUCAAGGAAUUGUAUGGUGACAUUCAAUUACCUGUUGCUCUGAAAAUUAUUGGUUACCUGAGACGAAUCAAUGUUUACAAUGAAACUGAAUUAAGAAUCAAAUUUCUCAAUGCUCGAGACUCUUGGUUACAAGGGUUAAUUAAAGAGGUUCCAAAAUCAAAUCCUCUGAUUCACAUGAGUAAAUUGAUUGAAAUCUAUCGAGUUAAUCUAUUCAACACAGUAACUCAAUAUAAAGCCUUAUUUUCCGAUGAACAAGAAGAUGAAUCGUCAUCAUCAUCAUCAUUACAUUUACCUCAACAAGAAUCAAACAAUGAUCGUGAUUUCGGUGAUUCGGCCAUUUUAGCUAGUUGGUUUAACUAUAAGAUCGAUUCAUUUCUUGAGCAACUUAAAGAAACUCUUGAUAAAUGUUUAUCCCCUGAGUAUUCAUCUCUUUGUCCGAUAGAUAAUCUUUUCGAUCCCUGUUUCUAUUUUGGUCUAUCAAUGUCCAGAAUUGGAGCAGAUUUUAGACCAGAUCUUGUGAUAAUCUUUCAACGGGUCAUUCUAAUUAAAUUUACUCGUUACGUUGAAUCAGCUGUAGAUCAAUUUGAAGCAAAUAUGGAAAAUUUUUCCAUCUCUUCUGUUAACACCCUGACAAGUUCAACAUCAUCCUCAUCGUUGACAACAACAGCAACAAUCACAACUUCAUCUUCUUCAAAGGAAAUGGCUCAAAGUGAUUAUGAACCUCCUUCUGUAAUCCUUAAUUUCCCUCCAUUGGCGUAUCUUUGUAAUGAUCUUAUUCAAGCCUUUAAUCAAAUUCGUAAAUUGAUUCCUUUGGCUCUAAUAAUCCAAUUUCGUGACAUUCUCAAUCAAUCACUUAUCAGAGCAACACAAAUCUUAAUUAAUUACCACAAAACCGAAUCAACUAGUAUUGGAAAACCUGAAUCAGAUUUACUCAAGAAAAUGAUGCAAUCAUACAUAAAUCAGUUAAUUCCUCACAUUCAGAAAUGUUUAUCAGCAAUUGCUCCAGUCCAACAAUUAGCUAAACAUCUUGGUCUCUCGGUGUUGGAAUAUAAUCGUCUAAAGAAAACUCGAAGUGACCUUUCAAUGUCCGAUUUAGAUAUAGAAUCCAUAAAGCAACCGAUUGACCAUUUACUCUGAUUGAACAAUUAACAAUCAAAGUGAAGAAAGAAAAACGAAAAUCAAUUAAUUACACUUGAGGAUUUCAUUUUUUUUAUCUGUUAAUUAUAAAUCUUCUUGAUAUUUAAUAUAACAACAUAAUCACCAACAAUUAAUUUAAUUUCCAAUCCUAAAACUAAUUUGAUGGUAACAAUUAAUGUUACACAAUUAGGAUUGGAAAAUGUUAUCAUCUCUUGUAUUAUUUAAUAUUAAAUCAUCUCGAUUAAUAUAUUAA